AGCUAAGGGUAUCUCCGCUCUCUGAAGGCGAUGGCGCGUACGAAGCAGACCGCACGUAAGUCGACGGGCGGGAAGGCGCCCCGCAAGCAGCUGGCCACCAAGGCGGCCCGCAAGAGCGCGCCGGCCACGGGCGGCGUCAAGAAGCCGCACCGCUACCGGCCCGGCACGGUGGCGCUGCGCGAGAUCCGCCGCUACCAGAAGUCCACGGAGCUGCUGAUCCGCAAGCUGCCCUUCCAGCGCCUGGUGCGCGAGAUCGCGCAGGACUUCAAGACCGACCUGCGCUUCCAGAGCUCGGCCGUCAUGGCGCUGCAGGAGGCGAGCGAGGCCUACCUGGUGGGGCUCUUCGAGGACACCAACCUGUGCGCCAUCCACGCCAAGCGCGUCACCAUCAUGCCCAAGGACAUCCAGCUGGCCCGACGCAUCCGCGGAGAGCGCGCCUGAGGCCUCUGUGACCCCUCAUCACUGCACCCUAAAGGCUCUUUUAAGAGCCACCACAUUACACGAGAGGGCUGUGACACGGUCUUUUUGCUACUCGGAUAGAAGACUGAAGUCAUCCUGAAGUUUUUUCAAGGAAAGGGUGAAGCAGAAGAUAAAGAGAACCUGCUGGAUGUUCCUAGGAAGUCUGCCCUGCAGUUUUCCAAACAAGUGAAGAGCACCUGCACAGGGGAUGAUUUCACGGGUUUUAUUUGAGAACAAAACAGCUGGAGGCAAGGAAUUGGCUGCCAAGCAUAGGAAGCUUUGUAACCAAUGGGAGGCCCGUAGGAAUUAUGCUUAUAUGGUUUUAAUAGAUGAGUACAAGUGGUUUGUGUUUGAUGACAAAAAGAAGGUGGAGUCAGUAGAGGAAUGCACGCAGGGGGCUCAGAAUGUCCAGAUUUACUAGAAUUUAGUUUAUUCACGUAAAUUUUGUAAUCAGGAAAUUGCAGUUAGCCUUCAGUUCACUUCAGUUUCUUGGUUGGUUGUAUCAAGUCAUGCAGACUGUACCUGUUUUGAUAUUUUGGAGAAGUCAUCUUUUCUAUUCAUUCACAAACACUCAGAUUCCUAUGCUUUUUUGCUGCUUUGUCAUCAAAGCAUCUUUUCCUCUGCCCUUGAUAAUGGAGCCUGGCCUAUCCAACGUGCUUCUGUAAAUAUUACCAGCAAAAUCAGUCUCAAAUGAAUAUUUGGGUACUUGAGUAUGGCACCUGGGAAACUCUGCAAGAAGUUUUAUAGGGUGUGAUUCAGAAAUACUACAUGGUAGGUCAAACAUGGUAGGUACAAGAAAAAUCCAUCACAUGACAUAGGUAUGAAUGAAUAUA